UUUGCAUAAAAGCCCACAAUUUUCUUCGAUGUAUAUUAUACUGAAAACUCUUAACCCAUGUCGAUUCCUUACUUCCCUCCUAAAUCCCAGCCGCGCCGGAGAACUCGCCGGAAAACUGGGUUCCGGAAACGUUGUUUGCUAAUGGCAAAACAGCAGAAAACCCGAUUCUACAUCCUCGGACGCUGCAUCUCUAUGCUCUUGUGCUGGCACGACCACGCUAUCCCAGAUUAGCUACCUAGCUUAAAGUUCCUUGCUUUUUUUUUUUAAUGCUGCCAUACAGAUAGGCAGCCAUCCAAGUUUAUUGUCCAAGUUGCAGAAUCAGCGGGCCGGGGACACAUGCUCCUGCUAUAUAUUUCAAUGCCUCAAGGGGCAGAAGACCCAGAGGAAGAUUGGUAAUGGAAGAAAAACUAGUCAGAGCUAACCACAGAGGAUGAUUCAUGGAGCAGAGAGGAUGUUUUUCAUCAGUGGAUUUCUUGUUUUCAACAUAUUUACAGUAUUAUAUUAUUUCCCUCAAAAGAGUUAUGGAUAUCCUUUGUUUCAAAGUCUCGGUGUGUGGUAAUUGAUCUUUGUACUCUUGAAUGAUUCAACUGAGGGGAAAUAAAAAGAAAGAGAGACAAAAGGUUUCGGUACAAA